UUCAAGAUUGCAUUUUGAAGAAAAGGGUUUUUGAAUUAGAAGUUUUUGGAUUAAUUCGAUGGAAGAGAUUCAAGUUCCUCCGUAUUUUCUUUGCCCGAUUUCACUGGAGAUCAUGAAAGAUCCGGUGACGGUGUCCACCGGAAUAACGUACGACCGGGAGAACAUCGAGAAGUGGAUAUUCUCCGGCAAGAACAACACGUGUCCGGUGACCAAGCAAGGGAUUUUGGACGGCGACGGUGGGGAGUUGACGCCGAAUAUCAUUCUCCGGCGGUAUAUUCAGUCGUGGUGUACUCUCCACGCGGCGCACGGAAUCGAGCGGUUUCCGACGCCGAAGCCGCCGGUGAGCCGAUCCCAGAUCGCGAAGCUUCUCAAGGACGCCGAGUCGCCGCAUAUGCAGGCGGAGUGUCUGCAGCGCCUGCGGGUCAUCGCGUCCGAGAGCGAGGCGAACCGCCGCUGCAUGGAGAGCGCCGGCGCCGCCGUUUUCUUGGCGUCAAUCAUUAGAAACAACAACAACGGAAGCGACGAAGCCCUAAGUUUACUCCACAACCUUAGAUUAUCCGAAGAAAGCCUAAAAUCCCUCGCCGGACACGACAAUUAUUCCAACAACCUCCAAUUCAUCGAAUCCUUAAUCCGCGCCAUGCAAACCCAAAACUACGAAUCCCGAGCUUUCGCAGUAAUGCUUUUAAAAUCAAUCCUCAAAGUCUCCGAGCCAUUGCAGCUAACAACCUUAAAACCUUCCCUCUAUCACGCCACAGUUCAAAUCCUAAAAGACUCAAUUUCCCAAAAGGCCUCCAAAGCCGCUCUACACAUUCUAAUCCACGUUUCCCCCUGGGCGAGGAACAGAAUCAAAGCAGUCGAGGCCGGAGCCACGGCGGUGUUGAUAGAUCUCCUCCUCGAAUCUACCGAGAAGCGGACAUGUGAAAUGAUCUUAACGUCCCUCGAUCAGCUCUGCCAGUGCGCGGAAGGGCGAGCGGAGCUGUUGAGCCAUCCCGCCGGGCUGGCCGUCGUGUCCAAGAAAAUCUUUAGGGUUUCGCAUGCGGCCAGCGAUAGGGCCGUAAAGAUUCUGUACUCCGUUUCUAGGUUUUCGGCCACGGCGGCGGUUGUUCAUGAGAUGUUGCAGUUGGGCGUGGCGGCGAAGCUGUGCCUUGUGACGCAAGUUGAUUGUGGGAGCAAGACGAAGGAGAGGGCUAAGGAGAUUCUUAAAAUGCAUGCUAAGUCUUGGAAGAACUCUCCUUGUAUUCCCAUGAAUUUGGCUUCUUCUUACCCAUCUUCAUGAUGAUGAUAUGAAGAAAAACUUAGAUAACAUAGCAAUUGAAAAAGAAGAGAAAAUUGUUAAUUGUGCAUAGUUAUUCGAGCAUUUUACCACAACCAAAUGAAUGGAAAAUUUUAUCACUCCCAAUUACUAUCAAAAGAUGUGCAACUAAUAAAUCCAAACUUUAAUUUC